AUGGUAAAAGACAGGAAGACGAAAUACGAUAAGUAUUGGGGUACAUACAACAAGAUGAACAAUUUUAUGUACUUUGCGGUUUUACUUGAUCCUACCACCAAAUCACCUUUUUUGUUACAUGCUUUUAAAAAAAUGAUCAGGUACAUGGAAGUGAUGGAACCGCCAUUGACCCCCGCGGACAUAGACAUAAAAGCACGUCAAAUGGUCCGAGAAAUUGAGAAUAGGAUGGAUAAUUUAUUUAUGACAUACUUGAAACGAUUUGACAAUGAUGGAUCAUCUCAACAAGAAGUGAGUCAAAAUGUCAUUGAUGUUGAUGAUGAUAACGACUUUUUCAGUGAUUUUCAUUGUACGGGAUGUAGCAACUCGGAUCCAACAAAUAACGAGUUUCGAACUUAUUUGAAAGAGAAUAUAGGAUUUCGAGAUCUGCCACCAACAACCACCACCAUGAGAGUGGCAGGGCAAUCACCACCACCACCUUCUCCGCGACAAUCAACACCGUCGUCUCCAUCUACAUUAACAGCAAAAGAUGCGGAAUCUCUCUUCCGUACCAAACCCAUCUCCGAAAUCCGAAAUGUCGAAGCCGCAACCAGAAAACAGAUCCAAGACAAGAGCGAAGAGCUCCGGCAGCUUGUCGGUAACCGUUACCGCGAUCUGAUCGAUUCCGCCGAUUCAAUCGUCAACAUGAAGUCAUCCUGCCACUCCAUCUCUAGCAAUAUAUCCGCUGUUCACGAUGGUAUCCUUCAUUCCCUUUCAUCUACCACGAUUAACCCUAAUUCUGCAUCUUCAAACCCUGCUAGGGCUCGUAUCUACGGCAUUGCGUGCCGUGUUAAGUAUAUAGUCGAUACACCUGAAAACAUAUGGGGAUGCCUCGACGAUUCGAUGUUUGUCGGUGCAGCUGCACGAUACAUGCGCGCGAAAUUAGUUCACCAUGGUUUAACUAGCAACGAUGAUAACAAGAGCGUGUUAUUGAAAUUCCCUUUGUUACAACACCAAUGGCAGAUCGUAGAGAGUUUCAAAACACAAAUCUCACAGAGAAGUCGUGAGAGAUUGUUGCUAGAUCAAGCCGUAGGACUCGAGAUCUCUGCAUAUGCUGAUGCUCUUGCUGCUGUUUCAGUUAUCGAUGAACUCAAUCCGGCUCAGGUUCUGAAAUUGUUACUUGAUUCAAGAAAGUCUUGUGUUUCUCAGAAACUAGGUAGUUGUAAGGUGGCUAGUGAGGAUGUGAUCAUGGUGUUUUGUGAAGUAUUGAAGGUGAUCCAGGUUAGUGUAGCACAUGUAGGAGAGUUGUUCUUGCAGGUUUUGAGCGACAUGCCUUUGUUCUACAAGACAGUAUUGGGUUCUCCCCCUGUUUCUCAGCUCUUUGGUGGGAUCCCAAAUCCAGAUGAAGAAGUAAGAUUAUGGAAAUCUUUUAGGGACAAAUUGGAAUCCAUAAUGGUAAUGCUGGAUCGUGAUUUCAUUUCCAAAGCUUGUUUGGACUUCUUAAGGAGUUGUGGGAAGGAGAUUGUCAACAAGGUCAAUGGGCGUUACCUAAUUGAUGCCAUUGAUAAUGGGCAACAGCUUUCUGCAGCUGAGAAAUUGAUCAGAGAAACCAUGGAAGGGAAAGAUGUGUUGGCAGGGAGUUUGGAGUGGCUGAAAACCGUUUUUGGUUCAGAGAUUGAAAUGCCAUGGAGUAGAACCCGUGAGCUUGUUUUAGGCAAUGAUGAUGAUCUUUGGGAUGAAAUCUUUGAAGAAGCUUUUGCAUCAAGAAUGAAAGCUAUAAUUCUCUCUGGAUUUGAUGAAAUGAAUAAGAUAGUCAAUGUAAAAGAGUCCAUCCUCACAAUCUCUGGUGACCAAGUUGACUUUCAAGCUUUCUUGAAUAGGUCUCCAUUAGGUGGUGGGGUUUGGUUUAUGGAGCCAACUAGCAAAAGAGGUGGUUUAGUUACAAGUCCUAAAGCAUCCAUGGUGGGUAAUGAUUAUCAAAACUGUCUAAAUGCUUACUUUGGUGAUGAAGUUGGGAGAAUCAGAAUGGCAGUUGAUAACCACUGCAAGAAUGUUCUUGAAGACCUUUUAAGCUUCUUGGAAUCUCCAAAAGCCUCUUUAAGAUUGAACAAACUAACACCAUAUCUACAAAGCAAAUGUUUUGAAAGCAUUUCAGCCAUACUUACAGAGCUCAAGCAUGAAUUGGAGUACUUGUAUGCUACAUUGGGAUCACUAUUCAUUGGAAGACUCCUGUUUGCAUUCCAAAAGUACUCUAAAAACAUUCCUGUAAUCCUUGGUUCUCCUAGACAAUGGUUGAAUGAAAGUAGAGGAUCAGGAUCAGUAUCACCACUUUUGAGGUAUUCUAGUGGAAGAUUUGAUUCGUUCACUUCUGAAAACCAUGGAAAGAAAAUUCUCACCUCACCUAGAAGACAAUCUUCACUUACUGCUUCUGCAUUAUUUGGAGUUGAUGACACUUCAAGCCCACAGCUUCCUGAACUUAAAAAAACAAUACAAGAUCUUUGUAUCAAAGCUCAUAACCUGUGGAUAACUUGGGUUUCAGAUGAACUCUCUUCUCUCCUUUCUCAAAGCCUCAGAAAUGAUGAAUCUUUAUCUGCAACCACACCAUUGAGAGGGUGGGAGGACACAGUGGUUAAACAAGAGGAGUCUAGUGAACACCCAUCAGAGAUGAAGAUCUCACUUCCUUCAAUGCCUUCUUUAUACAUCACCUCAUAUUUGUUUCAAGCUUCUGAAGAAAUUCACCGAGUUGGAGGUCAUGUUCUUGAUAAACCAAUUCUACAAAACUUUGCUUCAAAAUUACUCGAAAAGGUGAUUGAUAUAUACACAAAUUUCCUCUCAAACAAUGAAUCUACUACAAAUACAACCCGUGUGUCUGAAAAAGGAGUACUCCAAAUCUUACUUGAUCUAAGAUUCACUGCUGACAUUCUAUCCGGAGGCGAUUUAACAGGAAACGAAACCUUAAAAACAUCAAAAACAAAAACAGCAUACAGACGAAAACAAGAUGUUAUUCAACAAACAAAAACAGUUAUGAAAGAUCGCCUUGAUGAGUUGGCAAAUCGCCUCUCUCAGAAGCUAGACCCCAUAGACUGGCUCACGUAUGAGCCAUAUCUUAUGGAAAACGAGAAGCAGUGUUACUUGAGACAUGCUGUUUUAUUUGGUUUCUUUGUGCAACUUAAUCGUAUGUACACAGACACCAUGCAAAAAUUGCCUACAAAUUCAGAGUCAAAUAUAAUGAGAUGCUCCACAAUUCCUCGUUUCAAAUAUCUUCCAAUCAGUGCUCCUGUGUUAUCCAAGGGGACAAGUAAAUCGCCUAUAUCAACAUCAUCUAUAGACAACAGUGUGACAUCAUCAAGUAAUUCAUGGAGAAAUUAUACACAAAAUGAGCAUAUGAAUAUGGAUCAUGACACCACAAGUUUAGGGGUUGCAACGCCUUUCCUCAAGUCCUUCAUGCAGGUUGGCAGUAGAUUUGGGGGAGAGUACGUUGAAACUAGGAUCGAUGCUGACAGAAGGACAAGCGAAUCACGCCCCAACGCAUUUCACCGAUCUUCUUCCCAACGACGAGGAACUCCAAGCGAAUUGACACGGAGAAGUGAUUCCGCCGCUUCAAUAUUCCUGUUGCUUGAAUUGAUUCAUUUGUUUGUUGCAUCACCAACUCCGAUCAAAACUUAUCACGGUGGCGAAUUCAUGCUUUUUGAUUAUAUUCUCUGCACCUGA